CCCAUAUUUUUCUGCGUGCAGGUACAAAAGUCUUCAGCUCAGCAGACAUUUUGAAUAUUGUGAAAAUUAAAAUAUUUUUUUAUUUAACUGGUGUGUAUUUUUAAUUAAUAUAUAUCAAUGGUAACUCCAAAAGCUGGAAAUAAGCGUCGGGGCGGAAGUGGUAUUUCUGGAGGAAAUAAAAUGUCCAACAAAAGAUUUAAACCUAAUAUGGCCAGUGUUGCGGGAGCAGCAAACUUGUUCCAGACUUCUCAAAUUCCAGACAAUCCCGGAUAUUUGGACUUUAAUGAUCCAUUGCAAACCCCGUCAAAUUCUAAUAAUAGAAGUAAUACAAAAGGUAAUAAACAACGUCACUUUAAACGAAAUCAAGGAGGAAUGGGGAAUGGCGUAGGUCAUAAAUUGCGACAAAAUAGUGGUGGUCCAGCGAAUUCUAGAGGAGGUAAUUGGGGAAAUAAGGGAAAUUUAAGUAGAAAUAACCGAGCCAGUUCCAAUCGUGGAAAUCAAAUACCUCCUGUACAAAUGGGUCCACCAAGUAGAAUGGGUCCACGCAUGGGUGCUGGAAGGAUACGACCACCGCCACCACCACCAAUUGCUAUGAUGGGUGGUCCUAUGCCACCUAUACCGCCACCAAAUUUUAUGCCAUCCAGAAUGGGACCAGGCCCUAUGGGUCCGCCGCCAAUGAUGGGACCUCCUUUGCCACCACUAGGUCCACCGCGAGGACCGCCACGGGCAAUGCCAGGUCGAAGAAUGGGUUUGCGAAACAGUGUUAUCAAUGAUACUCCCUCCAAUAUAGGUGGAUCUAUGAGAAGAGGAAAACAUGUGACAGGUGGUAAUAAAGGUAAAGGUAGAAAAACAAAUUCAAAUAAUCGAGGAAAUCAAACUCAAACUCCUGUCAAAAAUCGUUCCUCAAAAAGAAAUAGAACCGGAAGUUCAAAAAAAACAUUGAAAGAAAUUAUUAAUCAGUAUUCAUUAGAUAAACCAUGGGUAACAGAUGAAAUUAAAGCUGAAGCAAAAAUCAAGGAGGAGAUUGAAAGUAAGCUAAAAGGAAAGAAGGAUGAUAAACUAUUUGCUGAGUUUAAAGUUCAACGCGAUAAAUUUGUCGCAAUGUAUGAAGCAGCCAAAAAGGAGCAUAUGGAUAAAAAGAAAAAGCAACAAAAGGUUUCUAAUAAUGAAACAAAUACAAACGAGUCGGACAAAGGUGAAAAAAAUGCAAAUACAGCAGCAUCAACUUAAAUUUAUUGAAAAAUUUAAAGAAUUUAUAAAACUAUGAUAAAAAAACCUUUGAAGAGAACAUUAUGAAAAUUUAUAAAAAUUAUAGAAAGCUACAUAUUAAUGAAAAGCCUCCUUUUGGCUGCACAUUUAGUAAAAAAAAAACUAAUUAGUUUGAAAAAAGAAAAGAAAAUAAAACAAUUAAUGUCGUGAGUAAAUUAAAUAUCAUUCUUCGUUACCAAUUAAAAUAUAAGAAAUUUUAAAUAGUCUCCUAUAUAUGUAAAUAUAUAGAAAUAAUUACGUGAACAAUCAAAUUUAUUAAUUAAAUAGUAAAAUUAUUAUUUUAAUUUGCUCGAUAAUUUUAAUUUAAUAUUUAUUUAAACAAAAAUAAAGCAAAAAAAAAACUAAGAAACCAAAUAGAAAUUUUUAAUUUUAGUAAAAAAUAAGUUCUCUUUUUUUAUAAAAAGGAAAACAAGAAAAAUUAUUGAAAAAAAAAAAUAUUCUUGCAAAGUUGAAAAGCGAAAAUUUUGUAUUUAUUUUUGGAAAUUUGUUUUUUUUUCUCAAUCCCCUGGUAUAGGACAAAUUUUAUAACCAUGUCCUUUGUUUUAAUUAAGGAAAAUCUCUUAAAAUAUUUUUAAGAUGGCAUUAUAAGCAGAAAGAUGCUACAAAAUCCCACCACAAUCAUUUGAAAUUGUUUAUUCAUUUUUGUGUUACUGAUUUUCCCCUUGUUUGUUGUUAACAAAAUAUUUAUUUUCACAAAUUUUAACAAUUUAAACUUUGUACUAUACCACAAACAAAAUUCCAAAAAUUAAUAUAAAAUUAAUGAAAAAGAAAAUGAAAAGUAUAUAUAAAAACUAUUUCUUAAUAUUAAGGCUUACAACAAAACUAAAGCAAAAUAAAAGAAAAUUACAAAACAAGAAAAGUAAAUAAAUAAAAUACCUACACGUUCUAAUGAAAAUGUUUAUUUACUUUACAAUUUCGACUUUUUAAUAUUACUUACUUAUUUUAGAUAUAUUUUCACAUUUUUAAUACAUAAUUAUAUUCAAACAAUUCUAAUCCGUCUUUUUUAGAAAUCUAGUAGGGCUUAAGGAAUUAUAGUAAAUAAUAAAUUUUCGUCAGAAUGAAAUUAAGGAUUUUAGUUCCUGUAUUUUAGAAAUAAUGGAGAUUUUUAUAUUAAAACGCAAUGAAAAUUCCAAUCAUAUCCUCAUACUCAUAUCCUUGAUAUACAUAAUACAUAUAUAAUUUUAUUUUUUACCAAACAUAUAUAUAUAUAUAUACAUAUUAUAUACUAAAAAUUAAUAUAUAUUUUAAAUAAAUAUUACUAAAAAUAUUCCGACAAUAUUAAAAACCUGUACAGAGAAUAUAAAAUAUUAUUUUUUAAAUAAUUGCCUAUAUUUUAGAAAUAGUUUUUAUAUUUAAAUUUAU